ACAUGGGGCGAGCUGUACUCCUUUGCCCUCUUUAAAGCCAUGAGCCACAUGCUGUGCAUUGGAUAUGGAAGACAAGCCCCAGAGAGCAUGUCGGACAUCUGGCUGACCAUGCUCAGUAUGAUUGUAGGAGCCACCUGCUAUGCCAUGUUCAUCGGCCAUGCCACCGCGCUCAUCCAGUCACUUGACUCAUCUAGACGUCAGUACCAGGAAAAGUACAAACAAGUGGAGCAGUACAUGUCGUUCCACAAACUCCCAGCCGACUUCCGACAGAAAAUCCAUGACUACUAUGAGCACCGAUACCAGGGCAAGAUGUUUGAUGAAGAGAGCAUCCUGGAGGAGCUUAAUGAGCCUCUGCGCGAGGAAAUUGUCAACUUCAACUGCCGUAAGCUGGUGGCCUCCAUGCCGCUGUUUGCCAACGCAGAUCCCAACUUUGUGACAGCCAUGCUGACCAAACUGAGAUUUGAAGUAUUUCAGCCUGGAGACUACAUCAUCAGAGAGGGGACAAUUGGCAAGAAGAUGUACUUCAUUCAGCACGGGGUGGUGAGCGUCCUGACCAAAGGAAGCAUUGGCAUGAAGCUGAUGGAUGGCUCCUACUUUGGAGAGAUCUGCCUGCUGACCCGUGGCAGACGGACAGCCAGUGUGCGUGCGGACACCUACUGUCGCCUGUAUUCUCUCUCUGUGGACAAUUUCAAUGAGGUGCUGGAGGAGUACCCCAUGAUGAGGAGGGCUUUUGAGACAGUUGCCAUUGACAGAUUGGACAGGAUAGGCAAGAAGAACUCGAUCCUGAUGCACAAAGUUCAGCAUGAUCUCAACUCAGGUGUUUUCAACAAUCGUGAGAACGAGAUGAUCCAGGAGAUAGUUAAAUAUGACCGGGAGAUGGUUCAACAGGUGGAUGUGCCACGCCCACGGGCCAUGUCCAUGACGCCUCCACUGACCGGUGGGAUCUUUACGCCUCCAAGUUCCUCCGCCCACAAUUCAGCAGUUGCCACUCUCCAGCAGGCUGUAGCCAUGAAUUUUUGUCCCCCCAUGCAAGGAAACUCUGUGGGAUUGGGUAACCUGCAGUCUCCCAGGAUGAUGAGGAGAUUUCAGGUGAUGCAAAGUGUAUCGAGCCCUGUCUCAGCCUCUCCACUUCAGUCUCAACUCCUUGUUUCUGGUGCCUUUCCUCCGGUCCUGUCCAGCCCCCCUGUCCAAAGCCCACUAGCAGUCGGUGGGCGAUCAUUCCAGUAUGGAUCCAGUGCCCUGGCUGGUCCCACCUCAGGCUCACAGCUUUCUCUAGUCCAGCAGCACAUAGCCAGCCCCGUGCACAGGCCCAGCACACAUAAGAGCACCCAUUCUUUGCAAAUGGGAAGUCUGAGCCAAGAUGCCAGGGCACUGUCAGCUUCUCAGCCUUCACUGCCUCACGAGAUGGGACAACCAGCUGUCCCUAGUCCACCCCAAUCUACACGAGUCUCUUCUACUUCCAUCGAGCCCCCUCACACCCCACUGGGUCACACAGGCAUCCGGAGCGCCAUACCACACAGGGUGGUUCUCCCACACCAGAUGUCAGUUGGCGCCUUUCCUGUAGCAUCCCUCCCUGGUUCCGUUCAUGGUUUUGCACCUGUUGCAGGGGUAGCAGUAGGAGGAGUGGGAACUGGUCUGGGAGAAUCGGGACUCCCCAAGAAGGACUCUUUAGUGAGCCUUCCUGAGACAGACCACAUCAAAGUCAAAUCCAGGCUAUCCUCAAACUUGUGAACCUGAUUAAAAACACUUGGAGAGUGACUCAACAAGGAUCUUGACUACAGGAACAUGGGGAGAUUUCUGUUAUCUCUCCUACAGUUCCUCUUCUCUUUAUUCCAGUUUGACUAUCCGAUCGUAUGAAUGUCGAAUGAGAUGCAGCAGGGAGAAGCUGAUAGGCGACCGUUCUAAUAUAAUAAAGUCGGUAUGGUGACUUUUAAAAUUGCAGCACUCAGAUGUUUCUACUCACAGAAGUACUAGUUGCACAGAUUGGUAAUGGUACAGUAGUGUUUUUAAUUCACAAAAUAAUCCACAACACACGGGAAAUUUGCUUCACUACCCCUUCCUUCACCUCAUUUUAUGCAAACUUGGGGUUGGAUGAGAGUUAAAGAGAUUCAGGGAUGCACUUAAAGUAUCAGAAGUUGGCACUUUAGUGGGAUCUUAUUGCUAUAUUUGAGCAGAUAUUCUCAGUAGGUUGGCUGGUAUACAGUCUAAAAGCAGUCUACUUUGACUUUAUAAAUCAGACUAAUAAGAUCUGAUAGCCCUUAACUCAGAUAAAUAAGUCCCAGAUCACAGACAGUUAAUAUCCUCAAUGCUGAAAUUACGAUUGUAUUGUUUCUUCAAGCCAAGCCACUGAUUUCUACAGUAAAUGUCUGCCUGUUUGUUUUAUUUAAAGCUGCAUUAAUCACUGUACUUUAAAUUAACACCUGCAAGUUUGUGGUACUGUUCAGUCUUUUUCCAGCAAAUGAUUAAUAUUGAAAUGACCUGCACAGCAGCAACAACAGAGACAAAUUCAGCAACAAGCUGAUGAAUAAUGUUUUAAUGACCUUGUUGAGACCAAAACAGAGUUAACCAGCAUCCCAGUAAAAAAGAACUGUGAUGCAAUAAUAUGUAGUAUAAUAUUGCUCAUGUGAGCAACUUUCUAAGGUAAGUGACGUCAGACUUUUGCCCUCAAGUAGCUACAAACUGAUUGAUGCAGCUUUAAGUAGAUCAUAGAAGUAGAUCAUAAAGACUUAUGUAUAUAAUUCCUUUUAAUUACAUAUACAUGGCCUCUGAUGGAGGACCUGAGCUUGACAAACACACACAUACCAUCCCCUGGAGUGCAGGUUUAUGGACUAAAGUCAUGUAAGUGGUAAUAUCCCACAAUUGUGAAAAUGUUCUGUUUAACCUUACAAAUUGUAAUUCACUGCCAGCCAAGUAAAAUAAAUUUUAUAGUUAAAAUGUAAAUUCCCUCAUCAAAAUGUAAAUUCAUUCUUUUCCUAACCCCUAAUCUCACUUUCCUUUAGUUGCAGUUUGGGCCAUGUGUCACUACGCCAAAGUCAAUUCACACCGAUAAUGAAACUCCCGCGAAGUUCAAUGCCGCUGCCGCUGCUACGGUUUUGGUCCACAGCCGAGGACCGCGCCGAUACUUUGCAGGAUGUAUAUUGCAGUGUGCCUCUGUCAUUACAGCUUCAAUAAGAGGUCAUGGAAUACCGGCAAUUUGUGUCCAAAAGCAUUAGGAAGGGAACCUUUUCUCCUGGACCUGAUAUUCUAUUCACCUCAUCUCACUAAUGCCUGAACCAUUACUGGGUAAUGAGUGUGGAAAUUGGAAUCCCCCGGGUCUGUUUGGGACUAUUAUUGUUCUCGUUCAAUUGGAUUUCAUUAUACAGUGCCAAUAAUGAGUUCCUCUCCUAUGAUCAUUUUCAUUUUGUUUAGUUUCAGUCCAGGCGUUGUUAUCCACCUUGAGAGUUCUGAACGGGACAAAGUUGAAGGUUUAUAAGUAUUUUUGUAUCGUGUUUUUCAGGUCUGUUGUGCUUUUGUUUUAUCCCCAAAUUAUGCCCUGUGGAACCUAUUUAGCUACUCCAAAAUAAUUAAUAGAGGCUUGUUAUGAGAAUGGUAUUUUGCUGAACUUCACAUUGUUUCCUGGAGGCACUCUGUUAGGACAGGAAAUGCAUUUUGUGACUAAAUUAGUUUCUAGAUAUUUUUACUCUAGUGGAAAGCACACAGUAAAGGAUGAUGGGGGAACAGAGAAAGAGAGUAAACCAGACUGAGUCAAUACCUUUACUCAUAUCACGAGAUAUUACUAGCUCAAUUUUAAUAAUUAUAAACAAACCCCAUGUUUUAAUUAAGUGUGGAAAUACUGAAACCAAAGUUCCAAAGAUUGCGACUCUUUUGUAUGCAAACCUCACAGUGAUUUAGCAUAAAAAUCAGACAACACUCAUUCAGUCCUAUUGUCUGAAAGUGAUGUUUAUCACAUGAAGCAAUAACUGUUUGAAACGGAGUGAAUGACCACUGUAUGCAGAUGAUGUUGUCCUCGAGGUGUUAACGAAGAUGCAAUAUUUCAUAUUUUAGACCGCGCUCCCAAACUUUACUGAGAAUUUGUUGAACAUCUGUCUUUGAAAACAGAUACGUUCAAACCGCGCUUACUGUCCACUCAAACUAACUUGACAGACAUGGUAUUUCUAUGUGUAAACAUAGUGUGCAUCAUGUAAACCAGACUAUUAAUUAAUGUAACCUAGUUUACUGUAAAUGUAGAUCUGCUAUUAAAAAAAAAAACAGAUGAAGAAAAUGUUUGAAAAAAAAGAAUCUCUUUGUAAUCUCUGACAGAAUGCAUAUUAUCAUCUGGUAUGAACUGAUAUUACUUGAAAAUAAUAAUUAAAG